CAUUAAUCAUUAACCAUAUUCAUACACAUAAUUGUUGCGUAACACAUACAUGAACUCUGCCGCUAAAGAGCAACAGCCAGAUCCACGAUGAAGCUGAUUCUUCUAUUGUUGCUGUUUAUGUCAACUGUGUUCUGUAUAUCAGUUGUUGGUAAAGACAAACGAUGUUACCUACAAAUGGAUCCAGGCAUAUGUCCCGAAUCAGUGCUGGAUGAUGAUGACGACGAUGAUGAUCCGAUACCAAGAUGGUUUUACGAAGAGGAGACCGACUCCUGCGAAAAGAUGCUCUACUUUGGUUGUGGAGGAAACGGGAACAGGUUCAGAACUAAAUCAGAUUGUAUCGACAUGUGUGUCGAAGACGACGAUAAAUGAAUCCACCAGAGACAGACUGAUGUAUCAAAGUUAAAAUGAAAAAUACUAUCUCCAUUUACUGCCCGUUUAUACGGGUGUAACUGGUAUACAAAUGCAUCCUGUAUUUGAUAUAUGUACUGGUAAUCAUGAUAAAAUAAAUAUCUGUUGUUUAA